UCGAACAACUUCUGUUUUUAUCGUUACAACUGAAUAAAGAUGAGAAAAUAUCCUGUAAACAAUUUAGUUUUCAGUAGAAUUUAGGAGGAUUAAUGAAAAUGGAUGAACUGUCGGCUUUGGAGAAACUGUUUGAACGUUGGAUGAUUUACAAUACCAGGACGGAGCCACAGGCAUUGCAGGAGUACAUCCAUUUGUUCAUCUCCACAUACCAGGAUCUGAUUGACUGUGAUUUCAAGCAUUUAGAAGAAGGGUUUUCAGAAGAAGGACCGCAUUUAACAAAGCUUCCAGAGAAUCUUCUGCAGGUGCUUGGCAACCAGCUGAACUCUUGUUGCUAUGGAGACAAUAUUGACAACUUUGUACUAGCUACCAGAAUUCUCCAGUGUCUUGUAGUGUUAUGCAGAAACUACGACAACGUGCCUUUUAUUGCUUCCUGUGAAUUCGCCAGCUAUGCUGUCAACGUUGCUACAGUUGUUAUUAGCAAGUUACAGGGCUUUAUUGGAAGUGAAUCCUACCCUGUCUUCGAGGAGUUUCUAAAGGUUACACUCCACCUGUUUGAGUGUCUAUACGAUCCGUACUUCACAUGGAGAAAGCGAUAUCGGGGACAGAGCCCCAAUGUGUCGAGGACGUCAUACAAACCAGCAGCUCUACAUGUGGAGAUUGUGCCCUUCAUACAUGACUUUUUAUCUGUGACAGAAUGCUUCCAGCACCAGUGGUUGCCUAGCGACAUCAAGGUGAGGCUGGUUCAUGUCUUUGGAGCCAUAAUAUCGGGAGCUCAGCACAAUGCUUUAAUGGCGAUCUCCCCAGCCAUGUUGGACAUUCUGCUACGAGUUCUGGGUACAAGUGAUGCAGAGAAACCAACCAAUGAGCUGCGAGCGGAACGCAAUCAGCUGACCUGCGUCUUACUGGAGUGCAUUGUGGCAAUGGUGCGAGUCAUACACAUGGCCAGUCCGGACCAGCGUCAAGUGGAGGUGUCCCAGCUACUUGAGGGCUACAUGCAAGUCCUGCAGAGCACCGACACACACAACGUCAGUAAGCAACUGGACAUGAUAGAUACGGUGGGCAGAAUGCUACAAUGUGAGGACAGGAACUCUCUACAGAUCAUCAUGACAUGUGAAGGAACAGUCGAGGGAUUCCUUAACCUGCUCCAAAAUACUCAGUUUGAGGCAGAAAAAUCUCAGCGACUGGCCAUCGCAGUUCUGGGCGUGUUGCGGUCCAUUCUGACGAGUUCUCCAAACGCAAAGUUCCGAUUCUCGACCCAGAUUGGUUACAACCGACUGUUGGAGGCCCUCAAGAGUCUGGGUCAGCCUUCACAAGAUCUGCUUCUUGCUGUACUGAGUCUGGUCGUGGAAGGGCCCUACAUUGAGGCAGGCAGUCAUCACGUGGCCAACUCCCAGUGUGCCCUUCUGCUCAUCCAAUGGCUACCCGACAUUCAGUCACAUGACCUUCAAACAUGGCUUACAGAGUUGCUAUGGAGAUUGUGUGGGUCGGACCACACUAAUAAAAUGAGUUGCUGCAAGGCGGGAAUGAUAGCGUGUAUCCUCACCGUGCUGGUCAGAGAACAGCAGAUUAAUUCUGCAGCAGUGGGGCAUCUGAUUGGUCUAUUGGAAAGCCUUGGCACCCAAUCAAUAACUGCAAUGGAGCUGAAACAACUUAUUGGUCUGCUCAAACUGGAUCCAGAUGGAAAACAGUACCCGCACUGCAGUCGACUGAUGCACGCGAUGUCCACGAUGGCGCGACGAGAGGGUAAAGAGGGCGCCCUUCAUUUCUUCAACAUCCAGGAUAUCAGUGAUGGUAUUCGGUUACCAGGGAUACGGAAAUGGCCCGGAUAUGCGUUCUCAUUCCAUGCCUGGUUAUGCCUAUCCACAAACAUCGACCAUUCCGUCUAUGGCUUUGAAUCAACUGCUCCAUACAGACGCACAUUGUAUAGUUUUUUGUCCAACUCUGGCAGUGGAUUUGAAGCGUUCUUCAAGCACACAGGGGAGUUAACCAUUGCUGUGUUCAGUAAGAAGGACCACAGUGCAGUGACUGUUCCUGACCUGAAUCUCCUGGAUGGCUACUGGCAUAACGUUUGCAUCGUCCACACCAACGCCAAAAGGCCGUUCGUAGCGAGCCAACUGUACGUGUACGCUGACGGUAAACUGCGACACAACACUCCACUGAGAUACCCCAAUAUGGGAGAGCCCUUCACGGCAUGUCAGGUGGGAGCCCCAGUUCAAGGUCAGCAGGCGCAGGCUGAAGACGGUGCAAGUCCUGACACUCCUGCUGUGAAGAGAAUAUCACCCUUUAAAUUUCUCUCUCGAAGCAGAAGCAAACCAAACAGCGACGUCCCAGGCAUGGAGAGCACUGCUGCUGGUAGUCAUGAUGACCAGUGUGGUUUGCCGCUGCCUCUGAUUGGUCAGAUUGGCUCGGUGUGUGUGCUACACGAGGCUCUCACGGCUGUGCAGGUCAAGUGUCUAUACAAGCUGGGACCCAACUCUCUGGAGGCGUUCUCUGACAAGAGUGAGCUUUUAGACCUGCCUGGCAAGAUGACACUCUACUAUAAUGCAAGGGCAUGCAAGGCUUCCAAGAUUACUGAUCUCUCCUCCAAUCAAAAUGACGGAACUUUAUCAGGACAGAAGUGUGUAACCUGGGAUAUUAAGGACGUGAUCAACUGCAUCGGUGGAAUACAGGUGUUGUUCCCCCUGCUGGAGCAGGUGAACAGACUCCACUUACCUCCCUUACCUCCCCUGAGGAAGAGUAGCGACGGGGUUGCUAUGAGCAACCUGUUGCAGCCCGUGGAGACGGACCAGUGGGUGGUGUUGCCAAGUAGCUCUUACGCAGACAUGAAGCUUGAGCAGAACCAGGUGGCAGGUUUCCUGACGUUGCUACGCAACAUGAUCCAGACCAAACUGGUCAAUCAGCAGACGUUUGUUCAGACGAACGGAGCUGCAGUGAUAGGGGCUCUACUACAGAAGGUGGACAGGAGCCUGAUAGAUGUUAACGUACUGAUGGCGGUCCAGCUGUUGAUAGAGGCAACGGCUGCCUCAGACCGGACGCUCGUGCAGCAUGUAUACCAGUACAUCCUGUUUGACUUUCGUAUCUGGAGCUCUAGCAACUUUGAUGUCAGGAUUGGUCAUAUUCAGUACCUCUCCACCAUCAUUAAAGAUGACAAAAGAUAUUUCAGAAAAAUCUUUGGUGUCCAGUAUGUUUUGGAUGUGAUACGCACGUUUUACAGCACUUCUAGUGGCCUGUCGGAGGAAGAUGCGAGGAUCAUCCGUGUGUCGUUGAUGGGGCUCGUCAAGUACUUCAUACUGAAAAAGGUCACAGUAAUUGAGUUGGCUGCGAUAUUCGCCUACAUGAUGGCCAGCAAGGAGGAGAAUAUGAUCACUGAGACACUUGACAUGCUGAUCAAUCUGCUGGAGGUGUGCAGGAAGCAGGAUCAGCUGUAUCUCCUCAUGUUCGAGCCCGACAUCGGUGAGAUGCUUUACGGUCUGCUUACUCUGCGAGGGUUCACCAUUGUGUACUACGAGAAAAUUGUCAAGGUGUUGUACAUGCUACUGAGGUCUGACAAGGUUUACGAGAAGAGCAAGUCACGCUUGCGUCUGGUUGACUGCGGAUACCUUGGUCUGAUCAGCCUCGUACAGGGUGUGGAGAUCUCUGGACCAACCAUCAAACGAUUCCUGGAGCAAGUCUCAUUUACAGAGUCUCCGCACAUGUAUGGUGCCGUGCUGGCAAUCCUGCAGCUUAUCUACAGAAGUGGCUUCGAUAUCAAACUGGAGGCCAGUCGUCAGCUACUCUCCAUUCUUGUCUCCAACGCUGGGUCGGCCAGACAGUUUGCCAAGCAGAUCGGUUGGCAGGAGUUACUCACCCAUCUAUUCAUCCUCAGUCCUUUGGAGUCAAAGUCGACAAAUGCGUCUGCUGAGAAAUCCAUUGGGGCGGAAAAUGUUAAAGGAAUGUCAGAUCUGAUUGAUUUUGAUGAGACUGGUGAUGAUAGUAACUUCCAGACUGUUAAAUCGGAGAUUAUCUCAGGGAUUGAAGAUGGUUUUGAAGUUGAGGCUUUUGAUUUGAACGAUUCAAGGGAGGGAACUCAUGAAUGUAGCAUGCUGUCAGGGGAGGGAACUUUUGUGUCAGCGAUGGAAAAUGAUUCUGACAUUUCUAAGGGAAGCGAGCAAGUGCAGAAUUCAUCAGGGGAGAGAAGCAUGUUGGAAACUGAGUUAGUGCAAGAAGAGAUGGGCAAUUUAAAAACUGGGGAAGACCAUUUAUACAGAAAUGAUUUAGACACUGAAGAAAGUGAAGUUUUUGAAACUUCUAGUGAAGCCACCACAAAAAGUGUUCAUUGUGAUUCUCAGCGUGAUAUUAUGACCGACUGUGAUAAAGACUGUGAUAAUCAUGUGAUUUAUCGUAGGGAAGGUGAUGAAGUGCGCGGCAAAGAUGCGGCAUGGACCACGCCAGUGCGACAUCCAGACUCCCUGAAUCUUAGAUCCAGGAGCUCUCAAUCUUUGAUCGAGUUUUCAGAUGCCUUAGAGACUCCAUCAACCCCGAUGUAUCUGCAGCAGAAGAAUUACUUUGACUUGAACCUGACAGCGAACGAAGAUGAUUUUCACCACAUAAGUCGAAGCUCAAGUGCCAGCAUGGAGGAUUUAAAUUCUUCUGGGAUUCGUGGGAGACCGUUAACCAAGGCUGAAAGCACAACUUCAUUGUCAAGUGAGGGAAAGCCUGUCAAAAAUGAAGGUGAAAGCAUCGAGAUGCGUUCAGAACUUAAAGCUGAUACACAAACUUCAAUAACACCAUCACGGUCGAAUCCCCGUCUGAGUUUAGCAGCAAACCCAGAGAGAGAUAAUGCAACCACAGUGCGAGAUAAUACAAACACGGAGCGGGAUUCUAAGAACAUGGAGCGCAUGCUGGACAGUCUUGGACUGCGGGGCAGUUUUAUGAUGAAGAUUGUUGAGGACACGGAGGAAUUGUGUCAGAAUCUGCUCAUUGUUCUGUUUACCGUGAUGUGGAAAGGCGUGGAAGGCUCAGACCAGGCCGCUUGGAAGGAACGCUGCCUGGUGUUGAGAUGGCUUGACAAGCUAAGCGAUGGCAAUAACCUGCUUUGCCGGGUGGAGGAGUUGAAACGUCGUCUGCUGGAGAUGAUGCUACACGCCUGCACAUCAGAACUGAAAGAUUCCGGUCACAUAACGCAGACAUACAUGGAGAACUCAAUGCAGCUCAUGAAACUUGUGUGGUUCUUUCUUACCCAGAAUUCCUCUGCUGACAAUGUCUAUGGCAAAGGGUUGUUGGAGGACGUCCUAUCGCUGCUGGAUACGUUGGCAGUGUGGGACGUACAGACGGGGGCAGGUUGGCAGGAUAUGGUGCAUCUUGGCCUCAGUGUCAUAGUCAGCUUCACUCAGCGCCAUAACCUAGAGCUGUGUGCCAUCGCCACUGCCCGUCUGCACACUCUGAUACAGACGAAGCUGAUCUCCAGUUCAGCCGAGGCCUCGUUUCUGAUUGGUCACCUAAACACGGUCAUUAUUUGUGCCGUUAAUGCCGAAUCCGACAACUACAGUUUCCUAAUCCCAGUGCUGAAGGCGCUGAUAGAAAAGUCGCACCAGCUGCUUAACCUUGACGUGAACCUGCCAAGCCUUCCAUCUACUAACCUUAGUCCUACGUUCUUUGAUGACUUCAAGUCGUACUGUAAAACAGCAGAAUGGGAACAGUUCAUUGAGCAUUUUAUUGAGCCUCAAAAGCAGCACUUCAUCGACAGUGUGUUCACGGACAUGUCCCGAGAGGUUGCCAACUUCUGGUUGGACUGCCAUAGCGAUAUGCUGCAGGGUCUGCACCGGCUAAACAGGGAGCGGGGGGAGAGCAAACUCAAAUUUCAGGACCAGAUUCUUGCCCCGUUUGCCAAGAAGAUCACACUCGAGCGGAAACGUUUCCAGAACAUGAGCACCCAGCUACGUAACCAGCACAGCGCCGUACUGCGUCAGUGGCGCGCAAAGAAGACCUUCUUCAUUGGGGAGCGUGGAGCAUGGGCUGACAGGAGCCUGCAGGAGUGUCACUGGAAGCUGUCCAACCAAGAGAAUUUCUCUCGUAUGAAGGUGAAGCUCAUACAGAACUAUCACUUUGACGUGCACAGAGAGGCAGCCAUGUUGAGAGAUAACACUGGUGUUGAAAGCAUCAACAUUCUUGAGGAGUUGAGGCACCUUUCGGUAACCAAGGAAGCUCUUGUAUCCAAGGAGAACAUGGGGGAUGAUGGGAUAGGCGACGAGGAUUGGACAGUCAUCAGUGCACAAAGUUCAACAGCAGAAGUGUACGGGGAUAAGGAGAAACUGGUCCUGACGGAGGAAUGUGAACUCGUGACCUUGCAGGAGGUCAUCAAAGGUCGCCUGGAGGUCACCACAACACACGUGUACUUCUUCGACUGUAGCACCAUUAGGGAAGAUGGUGGUGAGGAUUUCAAGUGGAGUCUGCCUCAACUCCGGGAGAUCCACUUCCGGCGCUACAACCUGCGCAGAUCUGCCCUGGAGAUGUUCCUAGUGGACCAGACCAACUACUUCCUUAACUUUGAGAAAAAGGUGCGGAACAAGGUGUACAGUAGAAUUCUGAGCCUGCGUCCCCCAAACCUGAUCUACUAUGGAUCCCGAUCCCCAGCUGAGCUGUUAAAGGCCUCUGGUCUGACUCAGAAAUGGGUCCAGCGAGAGAUCAGCAACUUUGAGUACCUGAUGCAGCUGAACACGAUUGCAGGUCGCACGUACAACGACCUUAGUCAAUACCCAGUGUUUCCGUGGAUACUGUGUGACUACACGUCUGCUACACUUGACCUUGACAACCCGGCGGUGUUCCGAGACCUGUCCAAGCCUGUGGGCGUCUUGAACCCACGCAAUGAGGAAGACAUCAGGGAGAAGUUUGACCACUUUGAGGACCCUCACGGUGUGAUAGAGAAGUUCCACUACGGCACACACUACUCCAACGCUGCCACUGUGAUGCAUUAUAUGAUACGCAUGGAACCAUUCACCACGCUGCACAUCGCACUCCAGAGUGGAAGGUUUGACGUGUCUGACCGCCAGUUCCACUCCAUACCCGGAACAUGGAAGUCAAUGUACAACAACCCCAACGAUGUGAAGGAGCUCAUACCUGAGUUCUUCUACCUCCCAGAGUUCCUUGUCAAUAGCAAUGGAUUUGACCUUGGUCAGCUGCAGAUUAGCCACGACAGAGUGAAUGACGUGCUGCUGCCAGCAUGGGCGGAGACUCCAGAAGACUUUAUUCAUCAACAUAGAAAGGCUCUUGAAUGCGAGCAUGUUUCUCGGAACCUUCACAACUGGAUCGACCUGAUUUUCGGAUUCAAACAGAAAGGUCCCGCAGCUGUGGAGGCUCUGAACGUCUUCUACUACUGCACUUAUGAAGGUGCUGUAGACCUGGACGCUGUCAAGAACGACGUAGAAAGGAAAGCCCUCGAAGGGAUGAUCAACAAUUUUGGUCAGACGCCCUGUCAGCUACUGCGGGACCCUCACCCUCGACGUCUCACAUUCGAUGACCUCGUUGCCAAGGCGAUGAAAACUGACCGCCAUCUUAGUCUGUUCUAUUUCCUGGAAAACCUGAAAGUGUACUUUGUUGAGGUUUCUGGUGAGUCUGACCCGCUGGUGUUUGUGUGCGUGCCUCGUAGCCAGCCCAAGUCCAUCAUUCAACAUGGCAUGUUGGACACCAUGGUCACAGUGAGUUCAGAGGGCAUCUUAGGCUUUCACGGGUGGCUGCCGUAUGAGAAGGCCAUCUCUAACUACUUUACGUUCGAUAAAGAUCCAUCUGUAACAAACCAUAAAACCAGGAAGCGUUUCAGCACACAAUUUGCUCCGGGUUUGAAGGUUACACCCAACAUGUUUGUGGUUACACACGACUGUAAACUGAUGAUCAGCGGCGGACACUGGGACAACAGUCUGCAGGUGUACCAUAUCGGGAAGAACAAACGCCUGGCGCAUAUCUGUAGACACAUAGACAUUGUGACCUGCCUCGCCCUUGAUUACUGUGGCAGCCAUCUUAUCUCUGGUUCAAGGGACACAACUUGCAUAAUCUGGCAUAUAGAGCAGCAGGGUGGAGUGUGCGUAAACAUAUCACCAAAGCCAUUGCAAACGCUUUACGGCCAUGACAACGAAGUCUCAGCUGUCCACAUCUCCUCUGAACUCGAUCUCGCAGUCUCCGCUAGCAAGGAUGGUACGGUGAUGAUGCACACAGUCCGUAAGGGGAACUUCAUCAGAACGCUGCGACCAGAGUGCCGUGUGGGAUGUAGCCUUGACAUUCCUGUGAUUGCUGUCAACGACAUGGGGCAAGUCAUCGUCUACUCGCGAGAAUCUCAACCUGUCAAUACUAAAGACGAGUUAACUCUUCACUUGUUUUCCCUCAACGGCAAGCUCCUCUGCACACGGACUGUCAAUUCAAACAUUGGUCACAUGAUCUGCAAGGGAGAGCACCUGAUUACUGGGGACGACCAAGGAAACAUAACUGUGUAUGAACUGUUCAGAUUACGUCAGCUGACCUCUCUACCUCUGUAUGUGCCGGUUCACUGCCUGGCUAUUACCAAUGGCAACAGUCAUAUCUUGGCGGGCCUGCGUGAUGGAAAACUGAUCAUCAUCGGCAUCAAGUCGCCAAACGAAGUUCGCUAAGACCUCCUCCAACAGAUUUAUAUUUUAAAAAAAUAGUCCCAUUAAAGUUUGCUUUUGGCAAGUUACCAAAAAGUGUGUGACAAGUCUUGUAUUGAAUGUGAAACAGGUGUGUUUAAAAAUGUCUAUAUAAGGUAAACUAACUUGCCACUCAAUCCUAGAUGGUUGAAUUGGUUAAAAAAUAGUCUGUUCACUUUUGAUUGUGGCAAGAUUCUUAAAACUGUGAUUUGUCCACUUUAAGCGUUAAGAUGCUAAAAAAGAUAGUCCCUUCAUGUCUGCUUUUUACGUAUUACAUACACUGGGUUUUGUGUAAAAAUAUGUUCAGGUGGACAUAAUAGUACCUUCUUUUUUGCUUGGUUUUAUAAUAGUGCAUAAUUUUGCCAAUGUCCGGUUAUGAAAACCUUGUUUAUUUUUUCUCAAGGAGUUGAUAUACAUGUAGUUACUUCAGGUAAAAAACAAAUCAUUGGGCAGUAUUUAGUGUUUUUCCCAGGCCAUUUUAGCGUGGCGAAAAGCCACGCCGCCCUCCCGGAUCGCCACGCUGCCCUUUUUAAAGGCAAAUUUCGCCACGCGCCCUUUUUUUCAAAGGCAAAUUUCGCCACGAAAUUUGCCUUACGAUCUAACUUGGUCCGCAAAAUCAGCUUCCUUGAUUGUCUGUGACGCUCCGACUGUGCUUGAUUUACUCGAGAGGCGUCAACGUCUAAUCGACUAUAUUUAAUUGAGCAGAUUUAAUCUAUAACAGUGCGCGAUUAGGUCUUACUGGCUGCCCCAAAGCUGUGAAUUAGUCAUGCGUGAAUAACCCCGUGUCAGUAUCAAUCGAUAAUGCCGGAGGCUAUGUUAUACCAAGCGCACUUUUCGCUCGGCAAUGUGUACCCUCCACGACAUAAUCAUUACUUCGGAGACAUUUGAUGAAAAACUCGAUGUUAUUCUUGUGGCAAUUGUGCUUUGCAUGCAUUAUUCAGUUAUAUCAAAACAUAUUUUUUUACGCAUAAUUACUUUUAAAUUCACAAACAAAUUUAUUCUUUAUCUAUUUCGUCUUUAAGAUAAUUAGAUCUAAUUAUUGAAAUAAUUACCGAGACGUAUACCAAUUUAACAAAAUACUAAUCGCGUAUACGAUUUAACGUUGCUAUGCGCACCUGUCGCUUACAUCAUUUGACAUUUUAUCAACAUGGCGGACUAUACAGAAUUAAAUUGUGACUCGGCAAAAAUGGCAAAUAACGUCGUAAACGAUCGAACUAACGAUGGAGAUUAUACAUUAAGAAGGAAUAAAUGAAAUGUCUGUGAUAAUCAACGAUGCAUAAAAAUGUUUUAGAUAGCAACAGCAUAAUUUAUUUAUUUGUAAUCUACUAGGUGGAUGUAUGUCACGGAAACGAGUGUUUGCAUAUUGUUAGAGAUCAAUUAUCUCGCAAUGUUAUUUUAAACAUCUGUCGAGAUUAUUGUUAGAAAAUGGGAUAAGACAAACAUGGUUUCAUUUAUAUGUUAGUGGAUCUGUGUAUAAUCAGAUUCAUAUGCAUAUAUUGCUUUAUUAUGUUUGUCGUGCUGUACAGUUUAUUGAAACAGCAUGGAACUUAAAUGUUCAUUGCAAGGUAAAUAUAUUAAUAUAAAUCAUAGUAAGUUAAAUACAUCUAUUACCAUUAAAUGUGCUUGUUUAUAUGUUAUUUUUUCCACAACUGCUUCGUGGAGCAAAUAACAUGGAACGUUUUUGCCCUUUUUUGCCUAAACUGCGCGCUAAAAUGCCCUUUUUGAAAGUAAUGCGCCAUGCCCCUUUGACCUCCUGGGAAAAACACUACAGUAUUAUGCCAUUUUGUGCUUGGAGAAUCUCGCUACUUCUGGAUGGAAAAUGAAAGUUUGACAAUGGUUUCAGACAAAGCUCAACAGUAGCUGAGAGCAGUUCAGUUCACUGAAGUCUCAGAUGAAAAUUUGUUGACGGUUGGCCUUGUUGUUUAAGUAUUUGGGUUUGGGAAGAAAAGUGCUUUUUACAAAAUUGGCAUCGGAAAAGAGUAUUUUAAUGUCUGAAUGAUUUAGUUUAAACUAAUUGCACAAUGUGUGAGGGGUUUUGUGUAAUAUGAUUUUGGCGUUUUUACUAUUAUUUUUGAACAUCAAGUGUUAACAUUUAAAAAAUAGCCCCUUUAUGUCUGCAUGUGAUAUAUUAGAGAAAUUGGGUUUUGUUUCAGCGGAAAAUAAAAGUAACUCCUUUUUGUGUAUGUUUUAUAAAAGUGCAUAAUUUUUACAAUGUCGGCUUGUGAAAAUCUUGUUUAUUUCCUAAGGUGGUCAAAUAGUUUCUUCAGUUCAGUUAGCAACAAAUAAUUGGGCAGAAAUAUGCCCCUUUUUGUGAAUUGAGAAUUCUGGCCAAUUCUGUCUAAUUUUAUUUUACUUUCUGAAUGAUUUAGUUAAAACUAGUUGCACAAUGCCUCUGAAUUGUUAAGGGUUUUGUGUAGUAUAUUUUUGGCGUAUUUACUACUGUGGCAUUAACCAGCAUUAGAUUGGUUUUGAUGUUACCCAUAGAAAAACCCUAAUUUGAUUAUCAUUUCAAUUUGUCUGGCUAAUCACCAACAAUUUGCUCAAUGACAUUGCUGCAGUAAACUUUGUUACUGUCUUACAGCCAAAAUCUAUAUAUACUAUAAAAAUAUUGCCAAAACACAUGUUUAUAGUUCUGUUGAUGCAUAUGUAUAUGUUGAUAUUUUGAUUACAUAUCCAUAGCCAUUGUAAAUGGCAAUAAAAAGUGUUAAUUAUACAAUUAUGUACUAAUUUUUGUUAAUAGUUUAUAUGCCCGUGUUCCUCGUUGAAUUCGGCUGUGCUGUUCUUCUCUUUAUUCAUAUCACAAAUAUUAUAUAUUAUUUAAAUGUAUACAAAGUAUUUGUGAUAAAGUAUGAGGUCUUAUUCAAAGUAAGUGUGAUCAAGUGUGGGGCCUUAUACAAAGUAUGUGUGAUCAAGUGUGGGGCCUUAUACAAAGUAUGUGUGAUUUAGUGUCAGGCCUUAUACAAAAUAUGUGUGAUUUAGUGUCAGGCCUUAUACAAAAUAAGUGUGAUUAAGAGUUAUAAUUGCUUUGAAACAUUGAUAAAAAGAUUUGUUGUUUAGAUCGAUGUGUUUCAGAUUUGUUAACUUAAAACUGUUUUAUACUAACGUGGCAUUACAUACUAAAUCUUUUAAGAUACCACAAUCUUCAAGAAGAUUGUGUGUUUAGAGAAUGCAACAAUAGCAAUGCAAAUGAUUGUUAGAAAUACAUGUUUUUUGUUAUUAUGCACCUUUUGAAGAAGUGUGAUUGAGUCCCUAUUUACUUUUCAUUUUGAUGUUAAAGGUAAAGGUGUUAUUAACAUGAAAUUCAAUGAACAACAAAAUAACUUGUUUUUUGAAGGGCAAGUUUAAUAUCUAAGCAUAAGAUUUCUUACUGAAUACAUAUUGUAAUUAUGUACACGAGAUUACAAAUUGUAUCAUACUCUGUUAUUAUUUACAUAGAGGUCAUAAUGGGUUCUUUUUUUGUUCAUUUGUUGACUAAAUCUGACUGUUAAUUUGUUGUGUGUUUGUUUGUCAAAAUGAAGCCAUAAUUUCACGAUAUUUUGGUAUUCUGUUAGACUUUGUCCAGAGAAAUCUCCACAAAUACCUGAAUAAUGUAUGUGAAUUAUCGUUAUAAAAUGUUUAUAUUGACACAAGACUGUUUUAGCAUAAAUAUUUUCUUUCAUUUUCUUUUACUCUACUAAAACAAUUGCUUGAAUUACAUGAAUGUUUAAAUGGUCAGUAAAAUUAUGUUCCUAUUUUUAUAAUUAGUAGUUCUUCUUGAAUGCUCUGAGCUUUUAUAAGAACAUACGUACAGCUCCGGACCGGAGGGUCAAUAGCUGGGAGUUGGAUUAUUGCAACUAUUAUAAUUAGUAGAUAUAAUAGACUGUUUCUUGACAAAUAUGAACCUUAUUCUUGGAAAACUGGGCUUAAUGCAUGAACGUACAACGUCAUCCCAGAUUAGCCUGUUUUGUUGGCACAGGCGAAUCAGGGAAGACGUUUUCCUUCUCAAAUUGAUUUUUGCUAACAAGAGAAUAACUUCAAACGAAAAUACCAUACAAGCAGAAAGUGCCUUCCGUGAUUAGCCGGUCUGGACGGGGAAGACACUUUAUGCAUAUGCCUUAAGACCAGUUUUGUCCAGAACGCAGCACAUUUAGAAAUUGAUUGAAAGAAAAAUCCGGUUACACUAAUGGUAGGCUAUCUGACACUAUUUUACUGACACUAUUUUGUGUAUAGAUUAGAUUAUAUUUAAGUUAUCUCUUUACUACUUAGAUACUUAUUUUCACGCAUUUGUAGUCCCUUAGAAAAUUAUAUUUAAUUUAAAAUCUUCUUUACUAGAUUCAAUAUUUUAAAGGAUGCAUUUCCAACCCUCAGAUGAGCAGCAAACAACAUAAAACCAAAAAAGACUGCGAGUUACUGUUCUGGUUUUAUGCUGUUUGCACAUAACCAUUUUCGGUUUGCUUCUAAGUUGGAAAGGGCUAAAGUAAUUACCUUGUUUUCUCAGUAAACAAAAUCUGUGAUAUUUUAUUAACAAAAAUAAAGUACAAAACAAAGUACCAAUUAAAUUCUAGGCAAAUUAAAUUGUUGUAUCACAUCAAUGUAAAAGUAAUAUUUAGUAGCUUUAUUGUUAACGUCUACUUGUAUAACGUGAUUGAUUUACACAGUAUGUGUAUAAAUGAUAAAUGAUGGUCUAUGUAUAUCCUGGUAUAUCAUCUUGUGCAAUAUGUAACCAAGUUUUGUCACAGAAUAAAAUAUAUUUAUCUUUUCAAAAA